AUGUUACUCUCUUUCCAAAUACUGUUCUGUUUCUUCAAACCAGUUCUGAAUUUCUCAGGUUAUUACAUAUUAUUUACUGUACAUUGUCCAGCAAUACUUCUGUUGUUACCGGAUAAUAAGAAAAUCGACUGGACUAGAAUUUCCUGUCAGUAUAGGAGAAAUUUAGACAAUAUGGAACUUUUUACAUUAAAUUUGCAAUAUAAUGACACCCUUGUUUCACACAGAUCGCAGCAGCCAUUGGGGUGCCUGUCUGGCCACCUUCUGCAGCUCUCGCUUUCAGGUAAAAUUACUGAGGGUGUCACUUUCCAGAGAAUUCUGGAUGAUGUGCGGGACUCAGUUCAUUCCAGCGGAAUGACGCGACAAGACCUUCAUAACAUUAAGAGAGACUUCGACAUUGGUGAUGAUCAGCAGCAUAACAUUGAAGUCAGUGUUAGUAUGUGGUUGGAGAAAAUGAAAGACUGUGUUCUCCUCUAUAAGAAAGAAGGCGAGGCCAGGGAAGAUUUUGAUAGCACUGAUUCGGUGAUAGUGUUAAUGACUGACUACCAGAAGCAGUUAUUACAGAGAUUUGGACAAAAUAUUGUAUGUGUAUACUCCACACAUUGUACAAAUGUUUACAAGCUGUUGGUGACCACAUUGUUAGUGGUAGACGAUUUUGGUUCAGGUAUGCCUGUAGCAUUCUGUGUUUCAAAUCGGGAGACUACUUCCAUAAUGACUCAUUUCUUUAGUGCUGUGAAAGAGCGGGCAUCAUAA